AAACACUAAGUCGUAUUUCGACACUUGGCUUGCAAAAUAAUUAUUUAUACACUGUGGCCUUUUUAAAAUUUUAUAGCCUUUGGCAUAAAAUCCCAAAGUACAUCAUAAUGAAUAGUUCCAGUUCCAAGGAAUUUCUCCAAGAGCUCAAAGAGAAGGCUAAGAGCAGUGUUCCUGAAGUUGCAGAGGAACGUCAAACGUACGUUGAUCCAACAGAUGGAACAGUUUAUGAAUGGGACUCUGAAAAACGAGGAUGGUUUCCUAAGGUGGAUGAAGAUUUCCUUGCUUCAUAUCAAAUGAACUAUGGUUUCACGCCUGAUGGUGAACAAGCUGUAACAGUGAGUAGUGACAGUCAGACAGCUGGCCCACAUGUACCACAGACUGUACAAAGCCAGGAUCAAAAGAGAGAGAUAGAAGAUGAUCAGGGAUCAGAAUCAAAGAAAAAGAAAAGGAAAGCAGAUGAAGGUUGGUUUGAAGUUGAGGGCAGCAAAAAUCCGAAUGUCUAUGUGUCAGGACUACCGCAGGAUACCACUGAAGAAGAAUUUAUUGAAAUGAUGAGCAAGUAUGGCAUCAUCAUGCAAGAUCCUGAGACAAACAAGCCUAAAGUAAAGCUCUACAGAGACCAAAAUGGUCAAAUUAAAGGAGAUGGGAGGUGCUGCUAUUUGAAGCGUGAAAGUGUUGAUCUUGCAAUAGAACUCUUGGAUGAAUCUGACUACAAAGGACAUACUAUACAUGUUGAACAGGCUACAUUUCAUCUGAAAGGUGAUUACAAUCCAGCUCUCAAGAAAAAGAAAAAGAAUAAAAAGAAGAAAGCUGGAAAAGGACAGGAAAAAUUACUGGAUUGGGUGGAGAGAGAUGAGAGGAAAAAAAAUGAAAGGAUCAUUGUUUUCAAGAAUAUGUUUGAUGCUAAAGACUUUGAGAAAAAUCCUCUUUUGAUCACAGAGUUGCGCGAUGACAUGAAAGCAGAAUGUGAAAAGUUUGGUGAAGUGAGGAAGGUGAUCGUGUUUGAUCGUAACAAGGAAGGAGUUUGUUCAGUGGCGUUUGCAACAUUUGAAGGAGCUGAGACUUGUUUGCCUGUGAUGAAUGGUCGCUGGUUCGCCGGCCGGAGAAUAACGGCUGAAAAAUGGGAUGGAAAGACAAACUUCAAAGUGGAGGAAACGGAAAAACAAAAGGAAGAGCGGCUUGAUGAAUGGGAGAAAUAUUUAGCUGGUGAAUUAGACUAAACAGAGGAUGCACCUAACCAAGGAAAUAUCGUAGAUAUUCACCAAACGAAUGUCAAUAAACGAAUCAUCUAACACGGAGAGCAACGCAACUGAGUUGAAAACCUGUAAACGGUUUAAGAACACAAGAUUGCUUCAAUGGCAAAUAGACUUUAGCGCAACCUGUUGCUAAUGUUUGCUCCGGCGGAUCCCAACACCCGACUUGUGUCAAGCAUGGAACAGCUGAUUCGUACGAUCUGCGAGAACUAGGGGAAGAAACGAAGGCUUGUAGUCUUGAUAAGAAAUAUAAAACAUUAUACGAAAAGCAGCAAUUUAUUACAGUAUCCGUAACAAAGAGCAUAGCGAAAACCACCGUUAUCACAAACAUCUUAUUCGUUCGAGGAAAUGAGACAGCUAUUUAAGUAGGGACAGUUUGAAUUUACUCUUGUGCAUUUUGGAUUUCACUAAUCUACGCCACCGCUUCCUGUGAUAUUGACAAGUGUUCAUCAAGUAAUAUAGCAACCUUCUUUGAUGUUUAUCGUACAUUUGUUAGAAAAAAAACUCAUUAACUAUAUGACUACAGUCCCUCUGAUAAAGGGAUAACGUUCGAACCGUCAGCUUUUAAAACCCUCUACGGUGGCCAAUUUGCAUCAUCAACUUUUUUUAUAAACCAAUUAUUACAAUGUAGUACUUCCCACAGACGCAGUAUCACAGUUUCUUUAGAAACUUACUCCCUUUACACAUAAAAUGCACGAGCGCAUAUGAUUUUCGUAACGUUGAGAAAAAAAAAACUGAACUCGUCUUUAUUUACGGCAAAUUUCCUUCCAAAUUUUGAGAUGCCUGUGCUAGUAUUAAACUUGUUUAUCAGUUUUCCAAAACACCGUCAUUGUCCUUCUGUAGAAUCUCAUGUAAAACAGUACUGAAUUGUCUACCUCCUCAAACGCCACCUGCUCCUUUUAUUUAUCUAAUUAACAUAAUUUUAUGGAAUUGGCGGUAGAGUGUAGGAAAUUAUCCUCCUAAUGUUAUGAAGACAUUGAGAAUUAUCAUAACAGUAAAACAGCACUGGCAGAAAAUAACGAUUUAUCUCUCUCUCCCGUCUUAUGAAUUACGAGCGUCUCGUUUCUUUAUAAUUCGGCAGAAGUAUUGGAUAAAUUGCAAGCUGCUACGCUUUGUCAUUUUUUUUUUUUUAUCCAUAUUAAGCGUGCUCAUAAAACCCUAUUUUGGUAACCGGAUAAUUGAAUGACCGGUAGGAACUUAAAUUUCAAUUUCCCAACUGUAUUCGCGUUUCAAUUGCAGUUAUUACUCACCGGUCGAUGGUUCACUUCAAACUUAAUGAAAUGCCCGACAAUUUUUAUAAUAUACUGAAAGAGGAAUCGCUUACUGAACCAGCUGGUCCGUGUUUUUGCGAAAUAAAUUGACAAUGAUUCUUUAAAGA